AUGUUGCGGUCUCGUCUUGAGUUCGCCUUCGUUCUAUUCAUUGUGUUCGUCUCAUCUGCUUUAUCAGUCUCAUUCGGUGAUUUUUGUUCACAUGAUUUUAUUUGUCAACAGCCAUUGGUUUGUUCCAAUGAAAGUCAAUGCAUGUGUCCGACAGACACAUCAUUCUGGAGUUCCAGACAAAACAGCUGUCUGAGUUGUCCAUCUGGAUGGACGGAGUGGAAAGAAGAAAAGUGUGUGUUGUUUGUUGCACCAUCACCAGAUGGAGUGAUGCAUGAAGAAGCAAGAAAUAUCUGUUCGACACAAUCGGCUGAACUAUUGAAAAUAGCUGAUGCUGAAGGAUUUGUACAGUUCGAGAAUGAAAUGAAAGAUUUAGUGAACAGAAGAGGUGGUAGAGCAUUGAUCGAGUUUUUAAGUAAUGGUGUUUGGAUUGACUCUACGGGUAAUGUUUUGAACAGAAAUAUUUAUGAAUGGUGGUGUGAUCCGCAGUCUGAACACGACGCAUCUCCACGACAGAAAUGUAUGCGCCUUACGCGUCUAUCAUCGACAAACAAUAGUAUUGCCUCGUUUUGCUUGAACCACGCUAACUGUAACGAAAGCUUACCUUAUAUUUGUGAAAAGUUAGCUGAUCCAGUUGUAGUGCACAAUGAAACAACUCUAGGACGAGCAUGGGCAGCACUAAUUGGACCUGCUCUUAAUCUUGUUGGAAGCUUAUUCGGUUCGAACCAAAUAGUUACGGCACCAUCGGAAUCGAAACCCCAAGCAGCCGCCGAUGAUAAUACUAUCUUGUACAUUGUUUUGGCUGUUGUUGCCAUUGUAAUCAUCGUUAUAGUUAUUAUUUUUUGUUUUUGUGGUGGUGGUCUAUUGUAUAUUUGUACGAAUAAGAAUAGCUCAGCAGCACAAGAUCGUUCUCGACCGAAUCGAACAAGCGUUGACUCUGUUCUAUCUACUAUUAGUCGUUAA